AUGGGUAAAUUGAAGAAAGGAAGAAAGAAUACCAAAAAUAGAUUGAAUCCGAUAGCGUCAAAAUCUCAACAAGAAGUUAAAAAAGAUGAAACAACCAGACAAUCCAAGAUUCUACCAUUAAUAAAUAAAUUAAAAUCAACCAUUCCAAACGAUAAAUCAAUGGCAUUGGGAGCAAUAACUGUUCUUGCAGAAGAUUUCAGAAUGAGGCAACUACUUCUUAAAGACAAAAUAGUACAAGUCGUUAUGGAAACUUGUUUAAAUGAUUCAAAUGAUGAAAUAGUAGUGGAAGCAUUUGGUUUAUUAAGAAAUUUAGGAAUUGAAUCUGGAUAUGAUGUAAUUAAAUUUUUAUGGAGACAAGGAAUAUGGACUAGUAUUGAAAAUGCAUUGAACAAGAUUGAUGUUUCUUUCAAACUUUUAGCAGAAAAGGGUAAUGUUGAAAAAGAUAAAUCGAAGAUUCAAUUGUUAUAUGAUUUUGCAGAAAAUAUAUUGAGCCUAAUUAUUACAUUGGCAAGUGGAGAUGAAGAAAUUUAUGAAUCUAUAUUUAAUAAAAUUGAUCCUAUAAUAGAUCUUGUUUUCAAAUUGUUGAAAAAUCAUAUAAAUGGGAGUUUCAAAGUGUCUAAGUUAUUUGAUGCAUUGCUUGAUUUUAUUUAUGAAUUUUCAACUGAAUCUGUGGAAUUUGUUGAGAAAUGCAAAAACUUCGAUAGUUGGGACAAACUAAUUUCGUAUAUUGGGGAUUCAAAUAGUAAAUUAAGUAAAGUGUACAUUGAAGGGAUCAAAUAUAAUAAUUAUGAAGUUUUGGAAGCAUCAUUUGAAAAUAAACAAGAAGUAAUGUGCAACAUAUUGCAUCAGAUUUAUAGCAUAUUAAUUAGCAUUGAUUUACAACAAUUAAAAUCUCGAAUUAAUUCGAUACAAAAUCCAAAUAAUGCAAAUGAACCAAUAAAAAAAGACUCCAAUACAAUAGAGACAGAUUUAUCAGCAAACAAUGAUGUGAAAAGAGAAACAAAAAUUGACCUUUCAACUAUUGAAACUGGUUUAACAAUUAUAACGUCAGUUCUUGAAUACUUGGCGGUAAAUGAAGAAGAUCCAAACGAACCUAUUACACUUUCUCCUGAGACUGAAAAUAUAUUAUUCCAAGAGAUAGAACCAAUGCUACUAGAAAUACUACAAUUUGAAUUAAGUGAAAAGAUAUUGCUGCUAAGUGAAUCAAUAUUAGGUGCAAUAAAUAAUUUCUGUUGGCUUAUUUUAAGUAAUGAACAUCUUCCAGUCUCUUGGUAUGACAAAUCUUUACAACUUUGGGAUCUUAUAUUAACAAUAAAUGAUGAACAAUUGCAAAAGUCAAGUUUAAGUAUACUUUGGGCUAUUUUAAAAAGUUUAGGUCCUGAAAUCUCAGAAAAGAUACCAAUAGAAUUAAUUGAAAAAUUGUUAACUGUUCAAUUAGCUGAAGAUAACUUAAACGUAAUUGGGGUUUUAGGUUCCAUUGCACCAAUUAUCAAAAACAAAGAAAUCACUUUCAAAAUAUCACAAUUUUUAUUAGAUUCAGUAAAUACAGCUUGUGAAAAUAUAAAAUCAGUAACAAAUUUGGAAAUUAUAAUUGAAAGCUUAAAUAUGAUUUAUGAUAUAUUUGGUGAUAAAGAAUUUGAUUAUGAUUAUGAAAUUUUUGUUCAAAAUGAUUAUUUAACUAUUUUAAAGAAUCUAGAACCAAAAUUAAAAGAAAUUUACAAGAAAAUCGAUAAGAAUAAAGAACCUCAAUUGAAAUUGAAAAUGGAGGAAACCCGGAUUAAUUUGGAAAGAUUUAUUCAGUACAAAGCUAGUGAAAGAUGA